ACUUAACCCUGACCAGGACGAGUGUUUCCUCUGUUCUCGUGGAGCUGAGUCUCUUGAGGUCAACAGGUGUAAAAAUCCUCUGCCUUUAUCAUCAGUACUUGUCUGACCUCACCUUCAGAUUGAGACCAUGGACACAGCUGCGGUGGCGACUCUUCUGGCACUGGUUGUGGCGAUGGCUGGCGUCAGUCAGGCUCUUCACAUCCAAGGCAGUCUGGACAAAAAUGACAUCCUGCCAGGCUCAGAGGAGAACGUGGCCGACCACCUGCUGGGGCUGGAGAGUGAAAACACGGAUAACAACAUCGAUGAUCGUCUGCUGACUGCGGUGCUGAGAGCUCUGCUGCUCGGAUCCCAGAGAGAAACCAGGAACUCUGUCCUCCAUCAGCCACAGAGGUUUGGCCGCGGCUCCAGAGGGCAGGUAGUGACAGAGGAUCAGAUAAAUUCCCGCGACUGGGAUGCUGCCCCUGGUCAGAUCUGGAGUAUGGCUGUGCCCCAGAGAUUCGGCAAGAAAUAGUCUGG